UCGAUACAACAUAUGCUCAUCUAUAUCAAAUUUGUUUGAAUUUUGAUUUACUGGAAAUAAUGUGAUCAACUUCUGAUUUAGUGGUAAUUUGUAUUUAAUAUGGAUUUGAAAAAGAAAGGAAAGCAAAGCACUCUUAAACAGGCUGAUUCGACACUGAGUAACCGAUUAUGUGGUAUAGACGCUGCUUCAAAACCAAAGCGUCGCAUUAGCUUCAGUGGAAGGAAAUCUGUUCGGGAAUUCCACGCUGAGGAAAAGCCAAAAAGUUGGAACAAUUCCUAUGAAAUUUCUGACAACAAUUCAUUGGAAAAUGUGUCAAUAGACAAUACGAAAGAAGUUCUUAUACCUAUUCUAAAAUACCCCAAUCUAUUAGGUUGUAAGGAGAAUAUUAGUAUCCAGGCUAAUGGGACGAAGUUUGAAGACAGAUACCCACAGAAUGAAAAUCAAAAAAAGUUUGCUCUGUCUCUAUUCCAAACUGAAACAAGAGCCUUCAACAGACAGCCAAGAGAUUUUACGAGUGAUGCUUCUAAGGAAAACACUAGACACCUCAAUGAAACAAUUUUAUGUGAUGAAAAGUAUAAGGAUGUAAUUGAGAGGAGAGAAGGAAUAACAAAUGACACAUACUACGGAAAUAGAUUAAGUUUAUUACAAUGCACAGAUAUGGAUAUUACAAAACAUGGAGAACAUUCUACUGAAAAUGCUACAAAUCACAAAAUUGUGAAUAUGGAAAAUUUAAAUAAGGGUCCAAUCCAAGCAAUUACUCAAAGCUUUAGCAAGGAGUUAGAGGAAACACUGUUGCAGUCGAUGGACUGUGAUUGUGAUUUGAAGACUAUUUUGGAAAGUGAAAAAAUUAAAAGAGCGGAAGGAUCAACGUCUUUUAAUAUUGACGUUCCCAUGGAUAUUUCUAUGCAACUCAAUGAAUCGUUCAAGUGUGCAGGAUUAUUUCAAUGCACGUCAAGGUCUAAAUUUUUUUAUUAUCUAUUUUCAGCGAUCAUUUGUAACUCAAACGAAGAACUUAAAAACACUCCAGAAACCGCGUCAUCCGGACAUGGGCAAUACAAAAACAACACAAAUACCCCAAAAGUAGUUGUCUUGCGAAAACUUUGUACACCAACUAAAAAUAUUAUGAAUGAUGUAAUACCAAAACAGACGAAAAAUCAGUCCGCGUGUGAAGAACCGGUAGCUACACCGAAAUCCCAUGGUCACGGUUUAAAUGUUUAUUCUCUUUCAAAUAUUGGAUUUAAUGUCGAUUUUUAUAGUUCUCAGUGCAUUUUAUCUCCCAGUGUUAGUUGCGAUUCGCCUUUAUUUCCUCCAACUAAGAGUAAGAACCUCAACUUUCGACAAUUGAAUGCUGAAAUCGGAAAUGGAAAAAGAGUCGUGUUUCCUAAUAAAAAUGUAAAAGAUCGAGAUGUAACAUUUUCUGAAUCUAACAUUAAUACAAGUCCUAAUGCUCCUAAUAAUGAAAGCCAAAGAGGAAAGAAAACGCAACUAUCAAAACAUGGGGAAGAAGAAAAUAAUGGCAUAUCGGCCGAGUUGAAACUAAACGGAAUGUGUAAUAUAAAUACUAAAAAUAAUAUAACAUAUUCUGAGUGUGAAGACAUACUAACAGAGAGCACUAGUUUUCUGGUGAAGGAAAAAGUGGGUGAUGAGACUAUUUUAGGAAACACUUUACAACUCAGCGAUGAAUUCAGAAAAAACACUAUCCAUUUUAAUUCAGAAAUCGAUACAACCAUUUCCCCAAAAGUAACGUAUGUGGGUCCACUCAGAGAAAAGACGGAAGUUGAAUAUGUAACUGAAGACUUAAAUAUUAUUACGCUAGAUACUCCCAAAUCAACAUCUUAUCUCAGUUCAACAAAAACCAAGGCAUUGGGUAUAAUUAAGCAUACACCAUCGCAACACUGUGAUGAUGAGUGCAAUACUUUGAGAAGGUCGAUAUAUAUGGUCCAUGACAUGAGUUUGAAUAAUACAAAUAUUGAAUUAAUGUCGAGUGUUCCACCUCAAUGUGUUAAAACAGAAGUAUCUGAAAUAAACGCCACUAGUUCCCGUCGAAUCAUGAAAUUUGAUAUAACUCCACGAAAUAUAUUAAAACUAGAUAAAAAGCGAAAAACUAUCUAUUUUAAUGAUUAUAUUGAAUCAUUAAAUGCUGACUCAGUGUCUGUAUUGGAUACGGAGACCUUGACAUCAAAGUGUAAUGAUAAUGCACAGGGAGAUGUAGAAAGUAAAUUUCAUGAAGUAAACUGCACACCGAUACCAGGUCGUAAAGGGCGUUUAGUGCGGCAAAUAGAUGUAGACAUAAGCAGUGACUCGUCAUUUAUCUUAAACUUAAGGGAAGCAAGGGCAGCGUUGUCAAGUAACCGCAAACGUCAAUUUGAAGGUACACCACAUCGUUCUUUUCUAGAGUUUGUAUCUUUAGAAAAACAAGUCGAGCAAGGCCAAAUAUGUUUGAAGGCAAAUACUAUAGAAGGUGGGAAAGAACCAGAAAAACUUGUUGAAGCAAUUCAAAAUGAAACUCAGGAGGAAUAUAAUUGUUUGGACGGAAAUGAAAUGAGUUUCAGAGAAAAUGAAGAAAAAAUUAAGAAAAAUGAAAUGGAAAACGAAUGCGGAGAAACACCUGAACAUGAAGCGCAGGGAGUUCUUAGGAAACCGGUAGAAACUUUUUCCGAAAUCAGGAGCCUUGAUGUGUCGGGCUUAACGCUUAUAGAAAGUGACAGAAAUGAGAAUUCCUUGAUAAGGAGCCCUAUUUUUAAUUCAGGUACUAAUAAGCGGCUUACUGAGAAUUUAACUUCAAAUUUUCCAUUACCUAAAAAAAGACAAACUCUUAUACUCACCGACUGUGAGAUACAUGAAGCUACAAUAUGUUCUGAAAGCAUGACAUUGAAAAACUUAAGUAAUAACUUCAAAGGAGAAGCUGACAUUAUAAAGGACAAAUUCCCGGAGUCAUAUUGCAGGGAGCCAUGCGCGGAAAAUCAAAAUGUUAUAAAUUCCAACGAGUUAAAAUAUAACCUAGAGGAUAAAUAUGACCCGGUAAAUGAGGAUAUCAACUCAGAGGAGGCUUUUAUUGGAUACCAAAAUGAAAAGAUGGUGUCUGAGAGCAAUGAAUAUCUGCCUAACAUCAGUGGUUGGGAAAUGGAUGGUCCUAUUCUUUCAAACAGUAAUACAGCGAAAAGAAACGAAUCUGGUAUAAUGGAGUAUUCUGUAGAUACUAUUCAGCUGCCUCGACGUGCUGUAACAUUUAACGAAACAAGAAGCUCAAUUAUUAAACUGCCGCUUGAGACACAAGAUACAACAGAAGAAAACGUAGUUGAAAAAUAUAAAAAUAUUGAAUAUGCAUUCGAGGAUAACCCUAUUACGAUAUCUGAUGUAUCCGUACAUUAUUUAGCUCAGAAAAAGCCAUCCAUUGUUGAUAAUAUUGGAUUCAACGUCCAACAGAGUUGUUCAGGAGAUUCGAACAAAACGGCGGUUUUUAACAAGGAGUUUAUUAAUCUAGAAAGGGAAAACUCUCCUUUAUGUAUUUCUGAAAUGGAUGACAUUGACAAGACACGUCUGAGCUUGGUAGAAACAUUACUUUCUGAAAACGAAGACAUAAAUGACGAAGAGCCAUAUCAGAAAGAAUCGGAAAAGGAAUUGAGCAUCAAUCAGAACUGCGUUACUACUACACAUAAUCUUAUAGAAUCCUGUUCUGCUUCAUUAGGUGUGAAAGGAAGUAAUAUCGAUGCAGUUGCGAAAGUUCAAAAUACAACAUUAUGCCAUCGAUGUAAACGUUGUCAGGAGGCUCUUUCCCCUGAAGGCAUGUCAGCAACUACUGAGUCAUUUGCAUUGCCAUCAAUGCCGCCAUUGCCGUCUCUUGGUUUGGAAAACUUAGAGAGACUCCGAAAGCGUCCAAAAUUAAAAGAUGUCCAUGAAUAUUGGCGAAGAAGAUCAUUGGAAAAAAAAGAAGCAAAUACGGCGGCUUUUGCCGAGAAACGCCUUGAUAAUUCAAUUGACGAAAAAAAUUCGGAUUGUGUGAGUAGAACUCAUAUUAACGAUUUUAAAGAUUCUGUGGAGGUCCUUAAAGAAAUCGAAAAACAAAUCAACGAAUUAAAGAUUUUUGCACCUUUACAAACGGAUAUUUUUUACAAGAAUCUAAGUAAAAUGCUUAUGUUUUCACUCAUUUACAGCAAAGUACUACCAAACUGGGUGCUCAACUAUCAAAUGAUAGCUAGGGGAAUAAUUCAAUUUAGUCACAAAAAAUGUAUUUCGUUUGCUAUUGAAAUGCUUUGCGAGGAUAGAAAUCAGCUUGGUAAUCAAUUUUCGAUACAAGACAUUUCUUUACAAAGUAGUCGUAUUAAAUCGAAACUUUGGAAGCCGAUUGACCAUCUUUUAGAUUCCAAUUUAAAGACUCGCCUGUCGUUUGGUUUAAAACCGUUUUACAGUGGGAAUGCCGAUGAAAAAUUUGUCCUUGGUUUGCUGCAAAGUGUUGAUGAAGUUUGUACUCAGGCGCUUAAAGACUGUCUAAAUUUAUGGCGAUUAAUUUGCAGUGAAGAAGCUGCUUUGAUCAGAGAAUCAAGUCGAGUUAUUGUUCGAAAGAUUAUACGUGAAGUUGCUUAUGAAGGCGUGGAUCAUUAUCCAGUUGUGAAAAACACUGAGUUUCAAAUAGAACUAAAUAAUAUUCAAACAGUAUCAUUUAAGGAUAUUAUAUCUCCACCAUUGUAUGCUUUUAGUGAGGAAUUACAAUUUUUACCAAGUGGCAUAGAUUUUCUUAGAGUGUUUCUCAAAUCUCCCUGCAGUUACUUGCGGCCAUUAACAAAAUAACGGAAGGAAAUAUUUUAAAUGUCAAUAUAUAUACUACAAAGAUUA